CUCCCACAACCCCCUAACUCUUGUAUAAAUAUCCCUACUCUCCUUCCUCUCCAAUUCGUGUCCACCAUUCUUCUCUCUUCUCUAUCACCGGAAGAACCAACCAAUUCGUCUCUUUGAGACCCCUUUGAUUCGGAUCUUCCGUCUUUCUACCCUACUUACAGAUCAAUGGCAUCUCACAUCGUCGGUUACCCCCGUAUGGGCCCCAAAAGAGAGCUGAAAUUCGCUCUUGAAUCCUUCUGGGAUGGCAAGACCACCGCUGAAGAUUUGCAGAAAGUGUCUGCUGAUCUCCGAUCAUCCAUCUGGAAACAAAUGUCCGAUGCUGGCAUCAAGUACAUCCCCAGCAACACCUUCUCUCACUACGAUCAAGUUCUUGACACCACCGCCAUGCUCGGUGCUGUCCCCCCAAGAUACAACUGGAACGGUGGUGAAAUUGGCUUCGACACUUACUUCUCAAUGGCCAGAGGAAAUGCUUCUGUUCCCGCCAUGGAAAUGACCAAGUGGUUCGACACCAACUACCAUUUCAUUGUCCCGGAGUUGGGUCCUGAAGUGAAAUUCUCAUAUGCUUCCCACAAGGCUGUGAAUGAGUACAAGGAAGCUAAAGCUCUUGGAGUUGAUACUGUCCCAGUCUUUGUUGGCCCAGUCAGCUACUUGUUGCUAUCCAAACCCGCAAGAGGGGUAGAAAAGACUUUUGAUUUCCUAUCCCUUCUUGACAAAAUCCUUCCAAUCUACAAGGAAGUUAUUGCUGAACUAAAGGCAGCUGGUGCUUCAUGGAUCCAGUUUGACGAAGCUACCCUUGUGAAGGAUCUUGAACCCUACCAAUUGGAAGCAUUCACCAAGGCUUACUCUGAUCUUGAAUCCACAUGCUCUGGUCUUAAUGUCAUUGUAGCCACCUACUUUGCUGAUAUUCCAGCUGAUGCAUUCAAAACCCUCACCACAUUGCCAGGAGUUACAGGAUACACCUUUGAUUUAGUUCGUGGUGAAAAGACUCUUGAGUUGAUCAAGUCCAGCUUCCCUUCAGGCAAAUACCUUUUUGCUGGAGUUGUUGAUGGAAGAAACAUCUGGGCUAAUGACCUUGCUGGAUCUCUCUCUGUUCUUGAAUCCCUCGAGGGUAUUGUUGGAAAAGACAAACUUGUUGUCUCUACCUCUUCUUCACUCCUCCACACUGCUGUGGAUCUUGUGAAUGAAACCAAAUUGGAUGACGAAAUCAAAUCUUGGCUCGCAUUUGCUGCUCAAAAGGUUGUGGAAGUCAACGCUUUGGCCAAGGCCCUUGUUGGUCAAAAGGAUGAAGCAUUCUUUGCUGCCAAUGCUGCAGCUCUUGCCUCAAGGAAGUGUUCCCCAAGAGUCAACAAUGAAGCUGUCCAGAAGGCUGCGGUUGCUUUGAGAGGUAACGACCACCGUCGUGCCACCAAUGUGAGUGCUAGAUUGGAUGCUCAACAGAAGAAGCUCAACCUUCCAAUCCUCCCCACCACCACCAUUGGUUCUUUCCCACAAACCAUUGAACUCAGGAGAGUUAGACGUGAAUACAAGGCCAAAAAGAUCUCUGAGGAAGAGUAUGUUAAGGCCAUCAAGGAGGAAAUCUUCAAAGUUGUCCAACUACAAGAGGAGCUUGACAUUGAUGUUCUUGUCCAUGGAGAGCCAGAGAGGAACGAUAUGGUUGAGUACUUUGGGGAGCAAUUGUCUGGUUUUGCCUUCACUGCAAACGGAUGGGUGCAAUCCUACGGUUCUCGGUGCGUGAAGCCCCCAAUCAUCUACGGUGAUGUCAGCCGCCCCAAGGCCAUGACCGUCUUCUGGUCCACCAUGGCUCAGGAAAUGACCAAACGCCCCAUGAAGGGUAUGCUCACCGGUCCAGUCACCAUUCUCAACUGGUCCUUCGUCCGCAACGACCAACCUAGAUUCGAAACUUGCUACCAGAUUGCUUUGGCCAUCAAGGACGAAGUCGAGGAUCUUGAGAAAGCCGGAAUCACCGUUAUCCAGAUCGACGAGGCGGCCUUGAGAGAAGGUUUGCCACUCAGGAAAGCCGAACACGCUUUCUACUUAGACUGGGCGGUGCACUCCUUCAGAAUCACCAAUGUUGGCGUCCAGGACACCACCCAGAUCCACACACACAUGUGCUACUCGAACUUCAAUGACAUCAUCCACUCCAUCAUUGACAUGGAUGCUGAUGUCAUCACGAUUGAGAACUCGCGAUCUGAUGAGAAGCUUUUGUCGGUGUUCCGUGAGGGAGUGAAGUAUGGAGCUGGAAUUGGGCCCGGUGUGUAUGACAUCCACUCUCCAAGAAUACCAUCAAUGGAGGAGAUUCAUGACAGAAUCAACAAGAUGCUUGCGGUUUUGGAGACUAACAUCUUGUGGGUCAACCCUGACUGUGGGCUUAAGACCCGUAAGUAUGGUGAGGUCAAGCCUGCUCUUGAAGCCAUGGUUACAGCUGCCAAGAAGCUCCGUGCUGAGCUGGCAAAGUGAGAGGACAUUUGGGAUGAUGAGGAUGAUGAUGAGGAUACGAUUUUAUGAUACACGACUCUAAUAACUGUGGUUUAGGUUUUUGUGUUUAGUCUUGUCUUGAAGUGAAGAUGGCAUUUUGUUUUUAUGUUGUUUUUGGGCCUUUUUUGGCUUUUGUUGUUCAAGAUUUGUGUACCUUGUUGAGGUCUAUGAAAUUUUAAUGAAGAUAUUUUGUUGGUUUGCAAAGAAAAA